AGGUGGGUGAAAAUCGGCGCCGGGAGCGGUCGAUCCGGGCAGCGGUAGUGGUGGCGGAACGGCAGGGGUACUAUGGGAGCGGGGGUAUGGGGGGCGGAGGAGGGCUACAAGCCACGGACCUCCGGCGAAGGCUCGAGUCCCGGUGUUCAGGAAGCACUUGUCCCCAGAGCCCUCGUUCCUUAAGGCACGAUGGCUGCCGAGCACCCGACGAGGGGAACAGCCGUGACCAGGAAGAAAGAGUUGACCCGCAAGCGACUCUCGCUUCCGGUCAACCCACGUGUACAAGUUCCCGGCGGUGCAGACGACAGGCGAACGAGGAGAAUGGACAAGAGAAAGGUUCGAGGUGCUCGAACGGCGGAUCCAGCGUAAUCGGCCCGCUACGCGGAAAGCUGCGGCUCUCCGUUGGAAGGUCCAUCGACACGGAGGCUGAGCAGGAGGAAGGAGCGAACGGGAAGAGGCAUCGGCUUCGAUGGUGUCGCAGGGACUUUCGGUGGAUCGCGGAUGUGGCGACGAGGACCCUGCUCCUCGGUAUCGUGCUCUUCGUCACGCCAGGUCUCUGCAACCAGGACGCGAUGCACAUUACGGCAAUCCUGGGGGAGAGCGUUGUCUUCAACUGUCACGUAGAGUUCCCCGGUGAGCAACCAGUGCCCUACGUUCUCCAAUGGGACAAGAAGGGGCAGGAGACACCGAUAUACAUAUGGUACGAGUCGUAUCCGACCCACAGUGGCGAGGGUUACGAAGGUCGAGUCUCGAGGGUGAGCCCGACUUCGUCGUACGGCGUGGCGAGCCUCAACCUCACCGACAUCCGCGAGACCGAUCAAGGAUGGUACGAGUGCAAGGUCUCCUUCCUCAACAGGCCGCCCAACAUCUACAAGAACGGUACCUGGUUUCACCUGGACGUCCACGCGCCACCAAAGUUUACCAUCAUACCGGAGAGGAUAAUCUACGUGAACUUGGGCGACGCGAUAAUAUUGAACUGCCAAGCGGAAGGUACGCCGACGCCGGAGAUCUACUGGUACAAGGACCAGGACGCGGUCGAGCCGUCGUCCACCACCGGAAUAUUCAACGACGGCACCGAGCUCCGGAUCUCGUCGAUCAAGACCGAGGACAUCGGGGAUUACACGUGCAUCGCGCGCAACGGAGAGGGUACAAUCAGUCACACGGCCCGUGUUAUAAUCGCUGGAGGAGCAGUGAUAACCGUGCCACCGACCAACCAGACCAAGCAGGAAGGCGAGAAGGUGCAAUUUUUCUGCGAGGCUAAAGCUCUGCCCGACAACUUGACCGUGCGUUGGUUCCGCGAGGGUGCCCCGGUGACGGAAGUCUCGGCGCUGGACACGAGAGUGUCCAUCAACCAGAACGGCACGCUGAUAAUCGACCCCGUGAGCGCGGACGACUCUGGCCAGUAUCUCUGCGAGAUAACGAACGGCAUCGGAGAGCCGCAAAGCGCGAGCGCUUAUCUGAACGUGGAAUAUUCAGCAAAGGUCACGUUCACCCCCACGGUGCAGUACCUGCCGUUUCGACUAGCCGGCGUGGUGCAGUGUCACAUAAAAGCGAAUCCAGCGGUCCAGUACGUGACCUGGACGAAGGACAAACGACUGCUAGAGCCUUAUCAAACGAAGGAUAUCGUGAUGAUGAACAAUGGCUCGCUGCUGUUCCCGCGGGUGAACGAGAAUCACCAAGGCGGGUACACCUGCACGCCUUACAACGCGUACGGCACGCAGGGUAGUUCCGGCCUGAUGGAAGUGUACGUGCGAAAUCCGCCGGUGUUCAUCGUGAAGCCGGAACCGGUCUAUCAGAAGAAGGUCGGCGAGGUCGUGGAGAUGCACUGCGUCGCCCAAGAGGCCGAGGACACGGAGAAACCGUCGAUACAGUGGCACAGGAGAGACGGCGCGUCCAUCCAACGCAGCCGGGCCAAGUUCGUCGGCGGCAAUUUAACGAUCGAAAGCCUGCAGCAGUCCGACUUUGGCUACUACGAGUGCGUCGCGUCCAACGAGGUGGCUACGAUAUCCGCCUCGACGCAGCUCAUCGUCGAGGGCACGGAACCCCACGCGCCGCACAACGUUUCCGGCUCCGCCACCGAGUUCUCCGUCACCUUGACCUGGCUGCCGGGAUACUCCGGAGGGCCUGACUACAAGCAAGAUUACACUAUCUGGUACAGAGAAUCGGGGACGUCCGAGUGGAAGAUGAUACCGGUAACUCCGUCUGGGAGCACAACGGUGACGAUUAACAGCCUGACACCGAGUACGCUGUACGAGUUCAAAGUGAUCGGGAAGAACGCCCUGGGCGAUGGGAUGCUGAGCAAACUCAUUACCAUCAGGACGCUCGACAUCUUAGAUCGUAAUACUCUCGCGUUACCCAACGAUUCCACCGGCAACGCAAUGUUCCCGCGGAUCUUGCGCCCGAAAGGACCAAAGCCAGGUCCUCCCAAAAAUCUCACGGUGACGGAGGUCAGUAACGGUUUCCUGAUAUCCUGGGAAGCCCCCGUGGAACGUAAUCAUCUCAUUCAGUACUACACCAUCAAAUAUAAGACGGACGGAUCCUGGAAAACGCUCAACAAGGGACAGAUCCGACCCGAGGAGACCAGCUAUUUGGUGAAGAAUCUGGUCGGUGGCAGGACCUAUUAUUUCCAAGUGUUCGCCAACUCGGCGACCAACUACGGUGCCAGCGAGCAGGUGAAGUUUCCGGUGCCGGCUCGGGUGAAGCACAAGGCCAUCACCGCGGGCGUCGUCGGUGGUAUACUCUUCUUCAUUGUCGCGAUCAUCCUCAGCAUAUGCGCGGUGAAGAUUUGCAAUAAGCGGAAAAGACGAAAACAGGAGAAAGAACUGCUUUCAGCGUAUAGUAUGGUGGCCUGCCGGGUCACCGACGCCAGGAACGGCGCAGGGCAGGGGCCCCAGGGAACAGUGCCUUUGAAAAAACCUAGAAAAAGCCGAGUACCAGGUCUAAAUCUCCUGCGGGAGAUUCUGAACCCGGAUACGCCGGACUCGUGCCGCGGCCGACCGUUGGGUAAGAUCUCACGCGCGGCCGAUGGCCGGUUCGUGGUGGCGGAUUCGGUGCUCAGCUCGGCGAACAACAGCAUCCUGGACGCGUCGAGCAGCGACGACGGUGGGUUCCUGCCGAAGCAACGGCUGAAAUCCUCUUGGCGGAGACCGCUGGUCGGCACCAGCCAGCUCAGCCUCAGGUCCGACGGUAGCGGCGUCUCUAUCGGAGGGCUACCGUCCAUCCAUCAUCACGGAACGGUGAACUCGUUGGCCAGGAUAGCGCCGACCAUCUGCACCAUCUCGUCGCCCAGGUUCCUGGCCAGUUCGCCGAGCGGGCCUCAAGUACCCUGGACGCCUUUGUACUUCAGCGAUCUCAGUUCGGUCAGGCAACCGUCCUCCGGAGAACGUUCCUUUCCGACACCGCCCGAUUACCUGCAGCUUCGCAGCGUGCAUCAGCGAUACAGCCAGGAGCUUCCAUCGUUGAAGGCGAUACACGCCGAGUCGAGGAGGUUCGUGCCGGUUCAACCGUUGGCCACGUCCUCGCCGCCUCAGUCGGCCGGCAGGCCGAGAGCCAGGCUACCUCCGAGGCACGCGAGGCACGCGAGAUCAGCCCCGGAGCUGGCCGCGUCUCCGGACCUGGAGACCUCGCCGGAGAGUAGGUCCAGCAGUUCGGGAUUCGGCAGCAAGAACACCUCGCAACAGAAUCAGAGCUCGAGGAGCGGUAGUACAGUGGCCGAGUGGAGGCCACCGCCUUACAGGCCGCCACCGCCGCCUCUGGUUGGCCGGUGGUUGGAGCUUCAGGAUCAAGCAAAGGUCGGGCACACGCACAUCCAGAACGCCGUGGACGCGGGCAGCGUCGACGGACAUUACGAGUUCGAUCCUGUCUCUUGCACGCCGACCCCUACAUCCGCUUCCACUCCGACCAGGGAGGAGAGGCCACCGGUGCACCAGAUUCACGCCAUUCACGUGCCACACAUUCACCAGGUGCACACGGUUCAUCAUCAAGCACCGAGGUACAGCAGGGACAACAUCGAGGCCAGAGUGCAAGCGAUGAAGGCCGAGUUCCAUCAGUUCCGGCAGCGGCAAGCGAGGAGAAGGCAGAGCGCGCAUCUCGAGAGUGCCUGUUGACGAAUACGACACUGUUCGCUAGUACCGUGAGCUGCAUCAUUGGAUUUCCAUAACGUAGUUCGAUCAUCGGACAUCUGCUCCGAUUCGUCGCUUCUCUCCGCCUCUCUCGCGAUCUCGGCGAGGGCACCGAGAUUGGCGAGCGGAAGUGGACGCGCUUCGCGGAAACGGACCAAGACUAGAGUUAGCCGAGAUUAUCUGGACGUUGCGGAGAGGAUGGAAAGGACGAGGACGAGGACGAGGACGAGGACGAGGAGGAGGAAGACGAAAGUGGGCGAAGGCUGUCGGAGAGAGCGCGGAGAAGCGGACGAAACCCAGCGCGAGUCCCGGCUGUGACGAAAGCUACGCGAUAGGCGAUUCGAAGCGGACGUCGCCGCGAUUAUCAUCGGAGACCAACUCUGUUAAAAAGCACAACGAGGAUAUCAUCGUACGCGGUAUUCCGGUGUAGGCAACUUCAAGUCAAUUCUAUCAGCUGGGCAACCGUCUCUACGCGAAAGAAAAGGCUGUUACAAGCGUCAGCUCAGGAUACAUAAAUUUCGCCAACGCGAGCGACUAACGUGGUGGAACUAUGCGUUAAGAAGUCAUCGUCGGAGUCCGAUCGUUGUUGCUGAUUCGAGGAGAAACGCGAAUCACGAAACGAGUUCUUCCCCCUAGGGCCCUGCCUCCUCCGCGUCGGAACGAGGAGGACCACGACGAGGAGGAUCGACGAGCGGGUUCCGGAGGACGCAGCGACGGAAGACGGAAGACGAAGGACGGUUCGAGUUCGACGAUCAUUAUUGGUCAUAUCCCGCGUGUACCAACGACGCCUACGUCCAAUUCGGAGGACCGCGAUUUUUAGCGUUACUAAUAUAUUAUCGAGUAGAGAGAGAGAGAGAGAGAGAGUGAGAGUGUGAGAGAGAGGGAGAGAAAGUGAGGGAACGAGACGCGUAAGAGUUUCCGAGCGAACCGAGGAAACGCGAGGAAGAGGAGGUGGUUCGGCCGAGAACGCAGCUCGGUGGAACUGGCUUCCUUCGAUGCGGCAACUAAAUAUUCCCGACCGACCGGAUCAGCACGUGAAACUGAUCGGCACGUGACCCCCGCCCC